AUGGAAGAAUGCCCCAAGUGUGGUGAGCGGCGAUACGACGCUAACAAAAGUGGAUCCAUUGCACAACAGACAUUCAAUACUGUCCUCCUUGGUCCACAGCUUCAAGCACUACGUCAAUCACCUGAAGCUUCCGCCAAGCUGCGCUAUCGCAAACACAUUGUCGAAGAAAUCUUGAAAGACUUGCAGACAAACAGAGGGGAGAAAACCCAAUCAUAUACCAACUUCUUUGACGGAAGCGACUUCCUUGAUGCACUCCGCAAUGGCCAGAUUGGGGCUGCCAACUUUGUGGUGGGCUUGUUGCUUGAUGGUGCUCAACUAUAUCGCAAUAAGUCUUCCGACUGCUGGAUUGGAAUCUGGCUAUUAUUUGACUUUUCCCCGAUGGUCCGCUACAAGAAGAAUCACAUUAUGCCCAGUUUUGUUGUCCCUGGUCCCAAUAAGCCAAAGAACAUGGAUAGCUUUCUAUUUCCAGGUCUCCACCACAUUGCGGCAUUGCAGAACGAGGCUGAAAGGCUGAAGGUCUGGGAUGCGCUUAGACCAACGGAGCCUUCAAAGACGACCCAACCAUUCAUAGCUGUUGGAGACAAGGCUGUCGUUCACACUGUGGUUUGGUUGGACAACAUGAGGUUUUCCGGCUCUGGCAUGUACAAUCCUGCCCUCCUGAAGCUGAUUGGAUAUUCUAUGCGUGGAUGCAAUCACAAGGACGUAAAUCUUGUCAAGCUACUCGAGAACUGUAACCAGGACUCAGUCCGCCAGCGGUACAACUGGAAUCUCACUCUGGUUUGUUCCUCGCAAAACCCAACCCAAUUCAAGAAGAAUCGCCUCAAGACUGGGAUCUGCAAGCCAACAAUCAUGAGCGGAGUUCCUGGGGACCAUUAA